AUGAUCUUCGCAGGCGAUUACAAUUCACAUAAUACGGCCUGGGGAUAUCGAACUACAGACCCGAAAGGGAGAGAACUAGAGGACUUCAUAUCCUCAAGUAAUCUAAUAGUCCAGAAUACAGCAGAUGCACCACCAUCCUUCGACAGGGUCUUUGCGCAGGGAUGGCCAGACCUCACCCUGACCACUCUGCACGUAGCACCUCUUUUGCAGGACUGGAAAGUCGAAGAGGAAGAGAGCCUCAGUGAUCACAAGUUCAUUACCUUCUCUAUAUCGCAGACCACCUCCGUGUCCAAGAUCAAAUCAAACGCUAUAACCUUCCUGGGCCGAAAAAAUUAA